CUCUCCCCCAAACCCACCCAUCACCCCCCAGAGCAGAGAUGCCGCAGUUGAACAGCGGCGGUGGAGAUGAUUUAGGGGCCAACGACGAAAUGAUCGCCUUUAAGGACGAGGGAGAACAGGAGGAGAAAAUCUCGGAAAACGCACUCACAGAGAGGGAUUUGGCAGAAGUCAAGUCAUCGCUGGUCAACGAGUCUGAGACAAACCAGAGCUCAAACACUGCUGCAUCCGACCCGGGGGCGAUCAGACGCUCUCAAGACAGUCAAAGGCUUUACCAGGACAAGUCCAGAGGUCACAUCGAUGAUGUUACAAAACAACGUCAAGAUGGAGGUAUGUUCAAAGGGACAACUUAUUCUGGUUAUUCACACUUUCUGAUGCUUCAGGAUCCCUACCUGCACAACGGAUCCCUGACUCCAUCGUCGAAUAAGGUCCCUGUGGUGCAGCCAUCCCACGCGGUCCAUCCCCUCACACCCCUCAUCUCCUACAGCAACGAGCACUUCAGCCCCUCCUCCCACUCCCCACACCUGCCGGCUGACAUCAACCAGAAAACAGGUAUGCACAGGCCCCAUCAAGGCCCUGAUCUUGCUACGUUCUAUUCCCUGUCUCCUGGUGGUGUUGGACAGAUCAGCCCUGCCAUGGGAUGGCAAGGUCAGUCUGUCUAUCCAAUUACAUCCUGUGGAUUUAGACAACCUUACUCCACAGCGCUUCCACCCAGCUCUUCCAUAUCCAGGUUUUCUCAUCCUCUGGUGAUUGGACCUCCAGGCAUGCACUCGACAGGAAUCCCCCAUCCUGCCAUCGUAACCACUUCAAGCAAAGCAGAAAUGAAUCAGUAUGACUAUGGGCUCAGAUGCAUGAAACCUAAUCCAGAACCAAAAAGGGAAAAAGAAAGUAAAAAGCCUGCCAUCAAGAAACCCCUGAAUGCAUUUAUGCUUUACAUGAAGGAAAUGAGAGCAAAGGUUGUAGCUGAGUGUACCCUGAAAGAGAGUGCAGCCAUCAAUCAAAUCCUGGGGAGAAGAUGGCACGCGCUGACACGUGAAGAGCAGGCAAAGUACUAUGAAUUGGCACGAAAAGAACGACAGCUACACAUGCAACUUUACCCAGGCUGGUCUGCCAGAGAUAACUAUGGGAAAAAGAAAAGGCGAAAACGAGAGAAGCAGCAGGACUCAGACGGAGAUGCAAACUCCACAAUGAACUGCCGCCCAUUAUUCGAGCUUGAGCUACAAUAGAUGUGGUGUCCCUCCUGCAGGAAGAAAAAGAAGUGCAUUCGGUUCGUGCGAGGAGACGCCAGAUGCAUCAGCCCAAUUUCUUCAGAUGGAAGUGUGAUGGACUGCCCUUCCUCUCCUUCUAAUGCACUCCAGCCUCCAGCAGAAAACUCAGUCAAGCUUGCUAGCUUUGCAGACUUAGUGCAUCAAGCGCAGCCAAACCCAAUUCCUCUCUCUCUGCUCAGCCCCACCGCUGCACGCUAAUCCAGCAGGACUUUCUAUACAGUCAACAGCAGACUCUCAACAGUGUAAGACCACUUCACUGAAUAUCCUACACCAGCAUACAAUGACACAGUAAAUGGACCCCCUUUGGCACUAAAUCAUCAGUAGCAUCCAAGUGAGUGAGUAAGGAGAUUCUGCGUUGCCUUUAACCAGGUCAGACCAGCGUAGUCCACAGAGCGAAUGACUCUGAAAUAAUGUAUGUAAACUUUGGCAUUGCAUCGAGACACACAAAGCACAACCAGAUUUUUUACCCUUUCAAGGUUACACGUCAUGGAACAUAUAGUCAGCAGUCUUCAGCACAGAUUCAGUACAGAACACAGUUCCUUUCGAUUGCUCCGCAGGUAAUGAGUGGCUUUCCAAACCAUCAAAAAACUUCAGACCUGUUUAGUUUAUUUUGGUUGUCAUUUAAAUAACAAUACCAAGCUUCGUGCUAGUUUGAAGGCUCUGUUUAUGUCUUUAAACUCAUUCCCACUCUGUCCCUCGGCACAAUCAGAGGCCCUCUCCCUCCACCUGUAGCAAUGGAGGCAGCUUUGAUGUAGGGCUGAUCAAUGUAUUCAAUAUUACAUGUUUUACAUUUCCCCUCCUCCGCUAAACAAAUUUCAGGUCGUUUUUUUUUGGUAAAUCAUUAACUAGUGUAGUUUAGCUUAUUGAUUAGCUUAUUGAUCAUACAGUCCUUAAAAGGUUUUAUGUAGCAGUAUUCAAUUGGUACAGGGAGCAUUACCUCUUCCUAGUCAGUACUUAUUGGUCCAUAAAUAACCCUUUGACAAAAAUGAACCAAGAGAGCAGCUCUUUGCAGAUUAAUUAGACAGUGAUCAUCUCCAACCACAUCUCCGGAGAUGCACAUUCUUCCAGUGGAUGAUUUUGGUAGACGGGCUCCUAGUUUCAAAGCAAGAAAAAGACCUUCUUCCAUUAGGGCAGCUCCAAAUCGAGAGAUCACUUCUAUAUUGUUGCAAAGCCUGGGCUAGAGAUAACCCACUGCCCCUCCAGCCUCCUCAGAAAUAUCUCAUUCGGGCACAUACUUAAGCUUUUGCGUACAAGGUGAUGUUUUUAAACCGCUCAAAGAAUAUUCAUUGUACUUAAAAGGGAUCCUAUUGAAAUCAAAUGCCAUCAAAGCGGGAAUGGGGUUUUGUAUCUGUUUGACUUUGGUUUCUAACUUUUGAAUAUAUGUCAGUGUACACGGUGAAGAUUCUAUUUUUUUAAUAGUUUUCGAGGCUUGGGGUAAAUUCCCUCCACAAAUAAGUGCCAUACUUAGAACUCGGGAGAACACAGAAGGAAGUCUACAAGUGAAAUUGCAGAGUAAACCAGUGCCUGUGAUUCAGAAUCAAAGGCAUUUUAUGUUAACAGUGUAUUGAAUAGGCUGUUACCCAGUUUCCUAAUUCCAAUCCUGAACACCUAACGAAUACAAGUGUUUGUCAACAGCUAUAGAUGUUACUUUUGAAUGUUCUGCUACAUUCAAACCAAAAACAAUCAAUCCUUUUGUACAAUUAUAUUCAGCAAUUCUUAAUUUAGUCCGAGCUCCCUACUCUCCAAGAGGCCAGCCAACCCAAUCUGCUUUUGUGUUCGCAGGUCCACUUCUUUACACAGAUAUUGUUGCUUUUGAUGCUUCGUCUGUGAUUUUUCUUAGUUCAGAAAAGCUGUAUUUUGUGGCAACUCUCUUGUGUUGUCCUCUGGAGAGUGCCUUUCGAAUCUGGAAAAGCCCACAAUAUUUUUGCCCAUUAGUUCAGGAAUCUACAUUAGUCAAGAGAAACAGCCACAUCGAAUUAACGAUGUCAUUCAGAUGGCCAAUAAUGGAUUCCGUCUGGGUCAGGAUGGUCCGGGGUGUUGGAACAUUGUGCAUUCAACUCUUAUGAUCUGGGUUUGAAUCUAAUCCAUAACAAGAAUGGGAUGAAAGGCUUCUCUUCCGACAGAUGCAAGGUCUUGUGUAAAGAGGAUCGCGUAGUGUCAACCCACUGGCUGUGGGUCACUCUACGAGGGUGGGUCCACGACAAGAAAACUGUCCAAUUUGGUACAAAUCAGCAUUAUAUUGCAAGUCUCAUUCAGCAGUCAGAAGGUUGGCUACGUUGUUGGAACAGAGUGGAAGGGAGUUUUGUUGGAAAUCACAUGACCAAGGAGUGUUUUGACGAUGACAUUUGGUGAAACCAUUUUUUUUUUUUUUUUAAAUGUUCUUUUUCCCUCUGAGUCAGCUGAGGUGACUUUUCACAUCUCGAAGGGAAAAAAUAUAUAUAUUUUUUUAAAAAAAAAAUCCUGAGAAUUCUUUUAAACCCAAUGCUCCCAUUUGAGUCCGGCAAGAGGUACCUUUUUUUAAAAAAAAAGAAGCAAAUUUGUGACAUUUGCUAGUUAGAAAAAAGUGAGAUUGCAACGAAAAAUCUCUAUUAAUAAACAUCAUGUGUGAAAUGAAUUGCAUCAAAGGAAAAAUUGUAGCAGACCCUAUCAAAGACCUCAAGGUCAGGAAGGUCCAUAGCGAGAUUGGAGUCUUACACUUGUGUGUUUUCCACUUGUGCCAGCAAUUAAUUGUGGGAAGAAUGAACUGACAGAUAUUUCCUUGUGUGGUGUAGUAUGUGAAAGCUUAUUUUAAAUAAGGGUUGCUUUCUUACGUGUGUUACAUCGGUUGACAAUUCUUAUAAAAAGACUGCUUUACGGGCAGUUAAACGUUAGCAUUUAAACUGUCAAACAGAGAAAUAAGGUCAAUAUUUGACCUGGAUGUUACUUUUUAUGAAGCCCAAAAAGAUCAUCUUGAUUUAUGUUCACUUUUUUUUUCUUUCUAUUUGUAUAAAAAAUGUAAAACGAAACCAAAAAAAAAAAAAUGCAAGACUUGAUGCUUUGCUUUUCCUGUGUGUUCUUCAGUCUGUUGUAACAUUUUUAUGAAUUGUUUUUAAGGGGAAUUUUAACAGUAGAAAUAGGGUUUUUUUUAGGGGGGGGGAGGCAGGGAACAUUUGUAAAAGAGGCAAUUAACGGUUAUAUUAUUUGGAUUUUCCAGCAAAGUAUUGUUUCAGCCUCAGUGACAAAAAAAAACCCAAAAAUUUCAGCCUCUUUUUUAAAAAUCAUGUGAGAACUUAUUUGCAUUUUGUACAAAACUGUUUUCAAAAAUCUUGAUGCCUUACCCCCAUUCAACAAUGUAAUUACAGUCCAAGUUAAAGAUAAAAGUAAAAUAACAAACAUAAAGCCAGCCCAGGAGUUGGGUCAACAACCAAAAGUUGUAAAUAACUAGGAGGGAACAAAUCCAAAACUGUACUAUUUGCUGAAAGAAAUUUUUAAAAAAUAAAUAUUUUGAUUCAAGUG